CCGGUGCGCUGUGUCCCUCGGACAAAGCGGAUCACGGAAAGAGCCGAAGGUGUCCAAUCACAGCUGAUCACUGAUCAUCAGGGCACUGAUGAUCAGUGUGCCCUGAUGAUCAGUGUGGCCCCAGAAGUGCCACCUGUCAGUGCUCAUCAGUGCCACGUGCCAGUGCCCAUCAGUGCCACGUGCCAGUGCCCAUCAGUCCCACAUAUAUGCCACAUAUCAGUGCAUACCAGUGCACAUCAAUGCCACAUAUCAGUGCCCAUCUGAGCUGCCUUUCAAUGUCACCCAUCAGUGCCAGUCAGUGCCACCUAUCAAUACCAAUCAGUACCACCUAUCAGUGCUGCCAAUCA